CCCGGCCGUACACGUCUGGCACCAUCGAAAGCCAUCUCCAGAAUUUUGAUUAAGUUCUCGGUUGCAUUUGUGAUAAAGUACUUCAGAACUUUGGUAUAGAUUAAGGGACAUGUUUCUGCUACGUCAUUCAAUGCCAAGUGUCUUUUCCUCAGUACGAAUGAUGGCAACUUCAUCUCCUUUACAACAAAGCAAAAAAUUGGCAGGAAAGGUGGCUAUUGUCACGGCUUCCACAGAUGGAAUUGGCUACGCUAUAGCAGAGCGACUUGGGGUAGAUGGUGCUCAUGUUGUUGUUAGCAGCAGAAAACAUGCAAAUGUUGAAAGAGCUGUCACAACCUUGCAGAGCAAGGGAUGUUCAGUUUUUGGAAUGCCAUGCCAUGUAGCAAAGGAUGAAGACCGGGAAAACCUUGUAGCAAAGACUGUUGAGAAGUUUGGUGGAAUUGAUAUUUUAGUCUCCAAUGCUGCUGUGAAUCCAACAGUUGGUGGUGUGCUAGAUUGUCCUCCAGGUGUUUGGGACAAGAUCUUUGAAAUCAAUGUAAAGAAUGCCCUGCAGUUAAGCCAACUGGUGGUACCUGAGAUGCAAAAGAGAAAUGGUGGAGCCAUUGUUUAUGUGUCUUCUAUUGCUGGAUUCCAGCCUAUGCCACUACUGGGUGCCUAUAGUGUAAGCAAGACAGCCCUUCUUGGUCUUACCAAAGCUGUAGCACAGCAGGUAGCUUCAGAUAAUAUUCGUGUCAACUGCUUAGCCCCAGGCAUUGUACAAACCAAAUUUUCUAGUGCAUUAACUGAGAAUGAUGCUGUCCACGAGAAAAUACUAGAGCAAAUUCCACUGGGAAGAGUAGCGCAACCUCAUGAGAUGGCUGGUAUCAUCUCCUUUUUAGUCAGUGAUGAUGCUUCCUAUGUCACUGGAGAAUCAUUUGUUGUUGCUGGUGGUAUGACAUCAAGGCUGUAGUUUUAAUAGGAAUAAAGGAAAUGCUUUUGUCUCUUCACUGUGCAGGUUUUGUACCAUUGUAUUUCUUCAUUUUAAUAAAUUCAUAAUUCUGUUUAGUGUACGUAGUACUUUCAGUAUGUUAAAGUAGCAUAUGAUAAUUUAGUAGAUGGCAUUUGAAGUAUACAAGUAGGAUAUGAUGAUUUAGUGGGUGGAAUUUGCAAUGCACAUGUAGGUAUAUAGAAAUAUAGAUUUUAUUUUGAUGUAUGUUUGUAAUCCUGCCAAAGUUAAAUAAGGAGGACCAUGGUAGGUAGUAUUUGCAGAAAAUUCUUAUUGCUAAACUAUUACAGUCUGUAUUAAAAAUUUAAAUUUUAAUACUGGAACUAUGCUUUGAUUUCAUGUAACUCAAAGGAUUUUGAUAUAAUAUUCAUGGUUUAUUCUUGGUAAAGGUGAUUGAAUGUUAAAUUUUUGUUAUACCCUCAGGACCAUACCCAGUUUUUUAUGGGGGGUCUUUUUUUUCCCCAAACUGGACCUUUUCUUCUAUUAGUGUCAUUGUAUGUGUACGUAUAUACAACAUGAAAUACUUGAAAAUUUCUUGUUCUUAUUGCAAAUCAUGAACAUCAUUAUCAGUCAAAGGGUACUGAGUUAAUAUAAAAAGUCUGAACAUUACUUUGUAAAUUUUAGGAUACAUGCUAGCGUUUGUCAAGAACAAUGAACACAUGUUUUUUUUUCAGAAGUGUUAUUGAUAAGAUUGUAUUUUCAAAUAGUAAGUAGAUUCCUAGUUUUUUUAUUUAAUGUAAGGGGGUGAUGGUCCUUAAGAAUUUAGUUCUGUCAUAAGAUUUCCUUUAUGAGAAGAAAAGAAAAUUGCAAUUUUUAAUUACCAUAUACUUAAUUCUUUUUAGGAAAUUAUUUGUUCUUAAUAGUACUCAGACAUGCAUCUGAAAACAAGAGUUUUGGUAUAUUACAUAUAGUAUCAAAAUAAAUUAAAUAUUUCAAGUAGAAUUUUUCCAGCUGUACUGUAUUGUGUUUAAGAAACAUUUCUUUCAUUAUCUUUUAGAGAUACUGAGAGGAGGUACAUCACUGAUAGCAAAUGGAGUAAGGGAUUCUCCGUCUGUUAACCUUUGAUUCUAACAUUUUGAAGGUACUAUAGUAUCAUGUUCAAUAAUAUGCCGGUUAUUGAAGGACCCCUUCAACAACAUAUCACUCAGUCAUAUUAAGGAUUUUCACUGAUUUGUUAAUUAUGCUAUUUGCAUUUUUAGACAUUUUAAUUUAACAAAAUGACAACUCGGUCCUCUCAUUUCAAGUUGAAACAGUUCAAGCAAUACAAAUUAUUUAUUAUGAAUGGCUGUGCUAGGAACAAUGCAGAAGUAUGUAAGAUAAUUUUAGGCUAUGGUACAUAUUCUGGUACACUAUACUAUGUACUAUUUGUACCUCUAUGAGAUGUAGUGUAUAUUUUUAUAAAAAAUAAAUGUUAAUAUCUUUAUUGAAUUCAUUGUUGGUGCUAAAACAUUUUAGUAAGUAGAAACUUAAUAAAAUUUCUAUAUACAUUGUUUGAUAUAUAUACAUUGUUUGUGGGUCAAAAUGUAAAUUGUACUGUAAUAAAUUUUACAUUAAAGAACAAAGAAAAAUUAUUGGUUAA